AUGUCUGGUCGCGGUAAAGGUGGAAAAGUGAAGGGAAAGGCAAAGUCGCGUUCUAACCGUGCUGGUCUUCAGUUUCCCGUUGGUCGUAUUCACCGCCUCCUUCGUAAGGGCAACUAUGCUGAACGUGUAGGUGCCGGUGCUCCUGUCUACUUGGCUGCCGUUAUGGAAUAUUUGGCCGCUGAAGUUUUGGAGUUGGCUGGCAAUGCUGCACGCGACAACAAGAAAACCAGAAUUAUCCCUCGCCAUUUGCAAUUGGCCAUUCGUAACGAUGAGGAGUUAAAUAAACUGCUUUCGGGCGUCACCAUUGCCCAGGGCGGUGUUUUGCCCAACAUCCAAGCAGUUCUGUUGCCCAAGAAGACUGAAAAGAAGGCAUAA